UCAAAUAUUAAAAAAUCACUAGUUCCGUCAAGUCCAAAUUCCAUUAUUGAUGCUGAAAUUUAAAAUUGUCAACCAUGAAAAUGUUUUCUUAGCCCACCCAAAUGGACGAUGACUGUUUGAUCAUUACAAUUUUGCAGAAAUGAGAACCCAGAAAAUGUUGAUGUAUUUUACUUUGCUUCUUCUCAUCCAACUUCCAUUGUGCUUUUGCACAUCAAGGUACACCAUAUUAACACCAGGCUUACCUAUCAAGGUCGGUGACUCUUUAUUCUCUAGACAAAAUAAGUUUGAGCUUGGCUUCUUCAACCCAGGAAACUCAACCAAUUGGUAUCUGGGAAUCUGGUACUCUAAUAUACCCGGAAAGACAGUCGUCUGGGUUGCAAACAGAGAUAAUCCAAUAAACGACACCUCAGGCGUUCUCACAAUCAACACAGAUCGAAAACUCGUUCUCUAUAGUCACAAUAACAGUGACACCCCCAUAUGGUCUUCCAAAUUUGCUUCUGUCCAAGCUUCUCGCAAUAUUUCAGUUCGGCUUCUGGACAAUGGAAACUUGGUUGUAGUCCAAGAAAACGACAACGAAACUCCUUUAUGGCAAAGCUUUGACUAUCCCACAGACACAUUACUUCCAGGUUUGAAACUCGGGCUAAAUCGGAAAACGGGGUUGAAAUGGUUCUUAACAUCUUGGAAGUCUCAAGAUGAUCCGGGAACUGGUGACUACUCAUACAAAAUAGACCUUACCGGCUCACCUGAAUUCUUUCUGUUCAAGAAUUCGACUAAAUUUUGGCGAAGUAAUCCAUGGCCAUGGAAGACUGAACUCUCCACAUUAAAAGUAUCCGAUAACACGUACAGUUAUGUGGACAAUGGAGACGAAAUAUAUUACACAUUCUUUCCGUCGGAACCGUCCGCAAUAAUAAGAACUGUGGUGAAUGAAACGGGUUUUCUCCAACUCUUGAAAUGGAAUCAAGAAUAUGGUGGAUGGAAAGAGAUUUGGGCAUCACCUAAGUACCGGUGCGAUGGGUAUGGAGAGUGUGGCGCGAACAGCAAAUGCAGCCCGGACAAUACUAAUCGAUUCGAAUGCGAGUGCUUGCCGGGAUACGAACCCAAGUCUCCGACUGAUUGGAAUGGAAGAAAUGCAUCGGAUGGUUGCGUGAGAAAGCUGGGGCAAUCAUCAAUGUCAUGCAAAAACGGAGAAGGGUUUGCAACGGUGGCGCGUGUUAAGCCUCCUGAUACGUCAAAAGCAGCUUUGCGGUGGGAAACGAGCGUGAGUAGUAGCAGAAUGUGUGAAGAAUUAUGCUUGAGGAAUUGUUCAUGCACAGCUUUUACAAGCAUAGAAAACAAUAAUGGAGAGAAGACAGGUUGCUUCACUUGGUAUGGAGAAUUGUUAGAUAUUGUGGAGUUUACCGAUUCAGGUCAAGAUUUACAUAUUCGUGUCGAUUCAAUUAAUUCAGUGGAGAAAACCAGUAAAGGGAAAGGUUUUUUUAGAAAAAGAGUAGUAUGGGCUGUUCUGAUAUCAUCGUUUGCGGUCACUCUGAUACUCAGCCUUGCUUUUAGUUAUUGGUGGCUAAAGAAAAAACAGAAGACUAAAUCAAGAUUGCCAAAACACUCUGUGUUGGUAGAUGAAGAUGCAAAAAACAUGGGAGACCCUGAUUUGCCGUUCUUUCCUCUUAGCACCAUACUAGCUGCCACGGACAAUUUCUCUCAGGCUAACAAACUAGGACAUGGUGGUUUUGGCCCUGUUCAUAAGGGCAAACUUUCUAAUGGACAAGAAGUGGCAGUAAAAAGAUUGUCCAAGAGUUCGGGUCAGGGGUUGGAAGAACUGAGAAAUGAAAUCAUGUUGAUUGCAAAACUUCAACAUAGGAAUCUUGUGAAACUCUUGGGAUGUUGCAUUGAGGGUGAAGAAAAGAUUUUAAUUUAUGAGUACUUGCCUAACAAAAGCUUGGAUUCCUUUAUAUUUGACCCAAGGAGAAGAGCGUGCCUGGAUUGGAGAACGCGCUUUAAUAUUAUAAUUGGGGUUGCUCGUGGAGUACUAUAUCUUCAUCAAGAUUCAAGAUUGAGAAUCAUUCAUAGAGAUUUGAAAGCUAGUAAUGUUCUACUAGAUGACGACAUGAACCCAAAAAUUUCAGAUUUUGGCAUGGCUAGAACAAUGAAUGGGGAACAAAUUCAAGAUAAAACAAGGAGGAUUGUUGGAACAUACGGUUACAUGUCGCCAGAAUAUGCAAUGUUCGGAAAAUUCUCUACAAAGUCCGACGUUUUUAGCUUUGGGGUGCUAUUGUUGGAGACCGUAAGUGGUAUGAAGAACCAAUAUUGUUGUGAGGGGGACACUUCAAUCAACUUAAUAGGGCGUGUUUGGGAACUGUGGAAAGAAGAAAGAGGGUUAGAGAUUGUAGAUUCAUUGCUGGAAUCUUACGAUUGUGAAGAAGUUUUGAGAUGCAUUCAAGUGGGGCUUCUUUGUGUGCAAGAAAACAUAAACGAUCGACCGAUGAUGUCAGUAGUGGUUCUCAUGUUGAGCAGUGAAAUAGCUUUGCCUUCUCCUAAACAGCCUGCAUAUGUGCUGAGGGAAUAUAGUAGCAAAGAUAUCACUGGUUCAGAAUUUGAAAAUCAAGGACCAUAUUCUACAAAUCAAGUGACAAUUACAAGUGUCAUAGCUCGCUGACCAUUUGCUUUCUUCCUUGAGAAUUAAAUAUAAUUAGGUAGGAAGUGUGUCCAUAUUGUACUAGCGUACCAUUCUUUCUCAUUCUCUGUUAUAUCUUUACACUCUCCUUUAAUGGCAGAUGAUUUAUAUCUUUAGCAUUAGGAUAAA